CCUCACCUCCACCAGAUAGCCCACCCAAACCACCCCUCUCAAAAUGGGCCUCACGCCAGUCCACUUCUUCUCGCACGGCUCGCCGAUGAUGCUCUGCCAGACAACAGCAUCUUCGGAAUACUGGCGGAAAUGCGGAGAAGAGGCACUAGCGCAGAAGGUGAAGGGGAUAGUGAUGAUGAGCUCCCACUGGACAACCUCCACCCCCUCAAUCCACAUCUCCACCAACCCCUCCCCCAACCUCAUCCCCAUCCCCUUCCUCCCCCGCGACACCUACACCUCCCUCCCCUCCCAAAUCCCCACCGACCUCCCAACCGCCCACCGCAUCAUCGCCCUCCUCUCCGCCGCCAACAUCCCCACCACCCCCGACCCAACCUACAACUACCAGGUUGACGUCUACAUCCCCCUACUGCACAUGUUCCCAAUCCCAACCACCAUCCCCCCCGUCACCAUCCUCUCCACCCCCAUCACCCCCACCUCACCCCAUUUCCACCUCCUCACCGGCCAAGCCCUCCGUCUCCUUCGCCAAGAGAACUACCUCCUCCUCAGCACCGGCGGCACCGUGCACAACCUCUACCGGAACCGCUGGAUGUCGCUGCUGCGGUACCGCGACUCGUUGGCUCAGGAGACGCCGCCGGAAGGGUGGGCGUUGGAGUUUAGGGGGGCGGUGGAGGAUGUUUUUACGAGGAAUAUCGAUUUUACCGAGGUUUAUGAUUGUACCAACAAGAAGAAUGAUGAUGAUGAUAAUGCUGGCAUGUGGAAGUCAGGGACGGGAAGAGGGAGAAGCGCAGGCUUAGCAGGAAGGGUGAUGCGGUUGAUGAAACACCCCCGGUUCAGGGAGGCGCAUGCGACGGAUGAGCAUUUCUUGCCGGUGGUGUGGGGGGCGGGGGCUGUGGGGGGAUUCUUUGGAGAUGGAGAUGGCAUAGACGGGGAGGGAGAUAGGAAUCGCAAGGAUACAGAAAAGAGAGAGAGAGAGAAGGCCGUGUUGGGCGCCGAGACGUGGGAGUUGGGUAAUAUGGCGAAUUUGCAGUUUACGGUUGGGAGGUGGGGAUGAAUUUUAUCUAUCAUCAUCUAUCUAAGUGUUUGUUUGGAUAUAUUUACUUGAGUAAUAUGAUGUGAU